CAAGUUACUGCAAAUGCUUACACCCUUCACCUCGGUUUCCCGUAGAGAAGUCGUUAGCUUACAGGCAGCAUCAUGGGACUGCUCUACUACUUUGAGACCACCAUUGACUUCCAGGGAGAACACUCGCAUAAUGUGUUUCGAAAAUGGCUUAAUAUAGCCGAGGAGUUUAUUGCAUAUCCAUCGAAAACGACGGGAGUGGAAAUCAAGCAGUUCUGGAAGAUAUGCGGAGAAAAUAAACUGAUAGGAGUUCUCAGUGUAGAGUCACCAGGACAACUGGACAUUUGCUUUGCGACUCUGUUAAAGCAACAAUCAGCGGACGUUCGCAUCACAACCGAGGUGAAACCUUUUAGACCCUAUGAGGAUUUCGCUGGAACUGUUGCCGAGAGAUGUAAUCGGAGCCUGGACGCGACUCAUGUGGAAAGCGUGACCAAAGAGGGAUUGUAUUACUUCUUGUGGUCUCGAGUCGAGUAUAUGGGCAUAACGCAACUGGAUCUUUGCAACACUUGGACUGACGAAGCAGUAUCUGCUAUAGAAGCAAAGAAACUAGGAGACAUUGUGGACUUGUGGAAAGUGGUGGCAGAACGACAGGUUUGGGUGAUUGUGCGCAUGAACAGCCUGAAGGACGCGGAUGAGCUUCUUACAUUUGAUCUUCCGAUCUUAAAGAAAAUGGGAGCUCAGGUGUACACCAAGUGCAAGUCUAUACGGCCAGUCAACAAUUGGAUCGAAGAUCUUCAGACACUGGUUUAAUUUUGCUUGCUUAGAUAAAUGGUGUAAUCCUGUAAUUUUUAGGGUUAGAUUAAGGUGAGAUAUUUUACCGUGAACAGUUCCUCUUUGUAGUAUUUGGGACAUCAAGACAUCA